AUGUCCCAAUACUUUCACCACAACCCUGUAAGGGUUAUGUCUAGCUCACUGUUUGGCACUGCAUCAGAGGCAUUGUAUGCAAGAUUGAAGAAGUUUAAGAGGAAGGACGUGGAAUGUCAGAAGUUCUUCAGGAAGGUCCUCAAGAGCUCUUUCUUCCGGGUGCUCAUGAUUACCGCUAUCACCACCAAUGCCGCCUUCAUGGUCUUGGAGACCGACUACAACAUACAUUAUAGGAUGUUCCGACUCUUUGAGAUCUCAGAGAUUCUCUUUGUCUCCAUCUACAUCUGUGAGUUCCUCAUGAAGGUCUAUGUGGACCCCAUUAAAUACUGGAGCGAUGGCUAUAACCUACUGGAUGUGGUCAUUAUCUUUAUCAUUUCGAUACCCUAUACCCUCCGAAAGAUCAAAGGACAACUUUACAAAAACCUCAACAUUGCUGAUGGGAUACAGUCUCUGCGAAUCCUGAAGCUUAUCUCCUACAGUAGAGGCAUCAGGACACUCAUCACUGCUGUGGGGCAGACGGUCUACACGGUGGCCUCCGUGCUGACUCUGCUCUUCGUUCUCAUGUACAUCUUCGCUAUUCUGGGAUUCUGCCUGUUUGGCGUUGUGGAGAGGGGCGACCUGAAUAACUGGGGGAACCUGGCUUCAGCUUUCUUCACACUCUUCAGUCUGGCUACGGUUGAUGGCUGGACAAACCUGCAGGAACAGCUGGACGAGAGGAAGUUUACUAUUAGCCGGGCAUUCACCAUCCUCUUUAUCCUGCUUGCUUCCUUCAUCUUCCUCAACAUGUUUGUAGGUGUGAUGAUCAUGCACACGGAGGACUCCAUCAAAAAGUUCCAGCGGGAGCUGAUGGUGGAGAGGCACGUGACUCUUCUGGAGGAGAAGCAAGUGAUCCUGAGGCGCCAGCAGGAGGAGGUCAACAGGCUGAUAACCACCCAGAAAACCGGUGGCAAGAACUUCACGGAGCUGGUGGAGGAAUUCAAGAAGACCCUACGGCACACGGAUCCCAUGGUCCUGGAUGAUUUUGGCACUAGCCUCCCCUUCGUCGAUGUCUACUUGUCCACUCUGGACAACCAGGACAAUACUCUCAAGAAGCUUCAGGAGCUGUACUAUGAGAUCGUGAACGUGCUGUGUCUGAUGCUUGAAGACCUGCCCCAGGAGAAGUCAUCCCAUAGCUCGGAAUUACUGAUUUAG